AUGAAGCUCUCCCUCCUCCCCAUCCUCACCUUCCUCGCACUCGCCUCCGCCGCCACCCAACCCCAGCGCCAAGUCAUCGUCUCAUACCCCGAUAACACGCCCUACAGCGUCCUCGAAGCGGCUAUGGAUGAGAUCCGCGCGGCGGGAGGCAUGAUAACGCACGAGUAUAAGAUUUUCAAAGGAUUCGCAGCGAAAGCCUCCGUCAAAGCCCUCGAGACCGUCCAAGCCAUGGGCACCGAAUACGUCGCUCUGAUCGAGGAAGACGCCAUCAUCUCCGUGAACAGCGGUAAUGCGCAGUAG